AAUAAUGCUGGCCAUACAGUUGUUGUUGAUUCUGUAGAAUAUGAUUUUCAUCUUUUACCCAGUGGCAUAAUUAAUCCAAACAUUACCGCAUUCAUUGGAAAUGGAGUGGUGAUUCAUCUACCUGGAUUGUUUGAGGAAGCCGAGAAAAAUGUUAAAAAAGGAAAAGGUCUAGAAGGCUGGGAAAAGAGACUUAUCAUAUCAGACAGAGCUCAUAUUGUAUUUGAUUUUCAUCAAGCAGCUGAUGGGAUCCAGGAACAACAGAGACAAGAGCAAGCAGGGAAAAAUUUGGGUACCACCAAAAAAGGCAUUGGCCCCGUGUAUUCUUCCAAAGCUGCUCGGAGUGGGCUCCGGAUGUGUGAUCUCGUUUCCGAUUUUGAUGGCUUCUCGGAGAGAUUCAAAGUUCUGGCUAAUCAGUACAAAUCUAUAUACCCUACUUUGGAGAUAGACAUUGAAGGUGAACUGCAAAAACUCAAGGGUUAUAUGGAAAGAAUUAAGCCAAUGGUGAGAGAUGGUGUUUACUUUCUAUAUGAGGCCCUGCAUGGACCGCCAAAGAAAAUCUUGGUAGAAGGUGCAAAUGCAGCUCUGCUGGAUAUUGAUUUUGGGACUUACCCCUUUGUAACCUCUUCGAAUUGCACUGUUGGAGGCGUCUGCACUGGUUUGGGGAUGCCCCCUCAAAAUGUGGGGGAGGUGUACGGCGUUGUGAAAGCGUACACCACUCGGGUUGGCAUCGGUGCCUUUCCUACAGAACAAGACAACGAGAUUGGGGAAUUACUGCAAACAAGAGGUAGAGAGUUUGGUGCAACCACUGGAAGGAAAAGAAGAUGUGGCUGGUUGGACCUCGUUUUGCUCAAAUAUGCUCACAUGAUUAAUGGGUUUACUGCGUUGGCACUUACCAAAUUGGAUAUUUUGGACAUGUUUACAGAGAUCAAAGUUGGAGUUGCUUACAAGUUAGAUGGUGAAAUCAUACCUCAUUUCCCAGCAAACCAGGAAGUCUUAAAUAAAAUUGAAGUUCAAUAUAAGACUCUCCCAGGAUGGAACACAGAUAUAUCAAAUGCACGAACAUUUAAGGACCUACCUGUCAAUGCGCAAAAUUAUGUUCGAUUUAUUGAAGAUGAGCUUCAAAUUCCAGUUAAAUGGAUUGGUGUUGGGAAAUCCAGAGAAUCUAUGAUUCAGCUCUUUUAAAGAUUUCCAGUGAAAUAAGAUACACUCCUGAAGAGAGGGAGGAAAAAGACU